AUGGCAGCAGCUACCAUGCCCACCCUCCCUGUCUCAGAUGGGCUCGGUACCGCUGCCGUGGACAAACAAGACGUUAACCCCCCUCAAGUCCAUACUCCUCCUACCACCGACGAAGGAAGCCAUAAGGACGAUGACGCAGCCUCGAGUUCCUCCCUCUCCGAUCUCGGCGAUGACAUUGAAGAUGAAGAAAACAGAAUGCGAUUCGAAGAGGCGGCGCGCGCAGGUGCUGAAGCAGAACAAUACUCGGAGGUCAAGCCAGAUCGUUAUGAAAAUGGGGUCCCUAUCUUCACUCCGACAAUGGACCAAUUCAAGGACUUUCAAAGAUAUGUCAAGGGCGUCGACCCCUAUGGCAUGCAGUCGGGGAUAGUUUUGAUCGACCCCCCGGAAGAAUGGAAACGUGCCCGUAAGGCUUUGGACGAAAUGGUCAAGACCAUCAGGAUCAAAAAUCCCAUCGCCCAAGAGUUCCACGGCACGCAAGGCAUCUAUACUCAGCGCAACAUGGAGAAGAUGCGAUCUUACAAUCUUCCACAGUGGAAGACACUUUGCGAACAGACUGAGAACCAACCUCCGGCAAAACGCGGAGAGAAACGUCUGAAUGCCGACAAAUUGCUCGGACGAGGAUCGGCCAGAUCUCGAAAGACGGAGGCCUCAGCAACUCCAGAAGCCGCCAAAAGUAACUUAAUUACUUCGAAACCCCAACCGAUCAAGGAGGAAUCAGUUGACCAAGAUUCGACCCUUCUCGCUCCCCCAACGCCUACAAGUCCAGAUAUCAAGCCUGCGGCCCUGGAACAUGAAGGGGGGGGGGAUGAAGCGACUGAAAAUGCCGAUCCAACCCCAACCAAAGCCAAGCGAGGAAGAAAGCCCGGUAGACCACGUGGACGACAACCAAAGUCCAUCAACGCGACGGCCAAGAAAGAUGUCGGAAAUAAGGGCUCCGAGACCACUGUUGCAGCUCGAAGACUGAGAAAUGCCCGCGAAGCCAAUGAUCAAAUUGACGAAGAGGCAUUCCAAGGCUUUGAUUACCGGGUUUACGACAAUGCACAGUGGACAGCUGAACGUUGCGAUGAACUCGAGGACAAGUAUUGGAAGAGUCUGAGUUUCAGCAAUCCCAUGUAUGCUGCCGAUAUGCCUGGAUCCCUAUUCGACGAUGACACAAAGGAGUGGAAUGUUGCCAAACUACCCAACUUGUUGGACCUUCUGGGAGAGCCCAUUCCCGGUGUCAAUACCGCCUAUCUGUAUCUCGGGAUGUGGCGGGCAACCUUCGCCUGGCAUUUGGAAGAUGUCGAUCUUUACAGCAUUAAUUAUAUCCAUUUCGGUGCACCAAAACAAUGGUACAGCGUUUCCCAGAAGGAUGCACCUAGAUUUGAAGCGGCCAUGAAGUCUCUUUGGACGUCCGACGCUAAGAAUUGCGAUCAAUUUUUGCGCCACAAGACAUAUCUCGUCUCGCCAUCCAUCUUGAAGUCCAAGUUUGGUGUCAAUGUCAACAAAAUUGUCCAUCGAGAGGGACAAUUUGUCAUCACCUUCCCCAUCGGUUAUCAUUCCGGCUACAAUCUGGGCUACAAUUGUGCCGAGUCUGUCAACUUUGCCAUCGAAAAUUGGUUACAAUACGGCAAAACUGCGCGGAAAUGCCAAUGUGAGGCCGACAGCGUCUUUAUUGACGUUGAUUGGUUCAUCCGAAAGAUGAAUGGAGAACCUACUCCGGAAUUUGAGGAAGUCGAGGUCACUGAUGACGAAGAUGAUCUUGAUGAAACUAUGGAUCUUCCCACUCCUCCAAGCAGUGAUCGUGGCAAGAUCAAGGUAUCCCACAAGAGGAAACGUCCUCCAAAAGAUCUCGGACCGAACAAGAAAGCGAAGAAAAUAGUCAAGAUUCGAAGAGUCAGCAAGAAUCAACCUUGCUGUCUAUGCCCCAACGAUUUUGCUUGGGAAGAGCUUCUCCCCACUACACAUGGCCAGCGAGCGCACAGAACUUGUGCCAUGUACACCCCCGAAACGUACAUUGCCAACAAAGAUGGCAAAGAAAUGGUCUACAAUGUGGAAAAUAUCAGCAAAGCCCGUCUGGAACUCAAAUGUUACGAGUGUCGACAAAAGAAGGGCUCAUGUUUCCAGUGUUCAUCGGCCAAGUGCACCAAGUCAUACCACGCAACUUGUGCCAUGCAAGCUGGCGUUCAAGUCGACAAAGGAGAAAUUGCUGUCUGGCACGAAGGUGUGGAAUAUCGUGAUAUCGGUUUUGAUUGGAGAUGUCGCCUCCACCGGACUGUCAAACGCACCCGAAUCACCAGUGAACUUUCCGCCUGCAAUCACGCCAAUAGCUGUUGGGAGAGCGCAGAAUUCCGAAAAUUCUUGUUCGGCCUCAGGGAAGGAGAACUGAUUCAGUUCCAAGCAACGAAUGGUGAUGAUAUUGAAGCCGGUCUUGUCAUUUCUGGUUACGAUGAAGGACAAUAUUCAGUCCUAGUGAAGAUUCUACCGGAUUUGAAAACAGUCAAGGAGGUGGAUCCUACGACCGUCCUCUUUGUGGACAGUGCCACUUCUUGUCUACAGAAGCCGUCUGCAAAUGCACUCGAUCUCCCUGAAGAUCUUCAAGGUAAAACAGCUUCACUUCCAGAAUCAACCGAGAAGAAACCAAGUGCCGGAGAUCCAUUCACCGAAGAUCCAAGAACUGAAUGGUCGGAGUUUGUUUCUGCAGAACCUCCUCUCAACAAGGACCAGAAGCCGGUGGACCUUGCAAAGGAGAAACAAUUAUGGCUCUAUAUUGGAGAAUCAUCCUCUGAGGCAAAGGCUCACUACACAGCAGACCCAGAUAAUCGUGUUCAUGAUCCAGCAUCCAAUUUUCUGGACUUGGUGAUGCCUCCAAAAACCCUCAUGGCUCCCCCCCCUCAACCCAAACGCCAAUCUCUCGCUGCCUCGUACCCGAUGCUCAAUGUUGCUGCCAAAAAUGCUACAAUGGCGAACAUGAGACAGAACUUGCUGGGCAACCAAAAUCCAUCUCCAAUUCCAGGCACAUCGAGCGGCACAAUGCUCGAGUUCACCGUGAGCCAUGCUCAGAAUAAGUCGACGGAUAUACCAAAGACGAGUCCGAUGAAACCAUCCAAUUACCGAGAUGUCAUCACCGGCCAAGAAGCUCGUUCGAAUGAGCAGGCGCGAAUUCUACAGAGACAACAGGCCAAAGCUCAGCAGCUUGACGCGGAAGACAGAGCUCACAGCAUGGGCAAUGCUGCUGGUAUAGGAAUUGAUCAUGAAGCCGUUCAGCGACAAAGACAAUUCCAGCAACAAGCAUCUCAACAUGCUAAACAUAUGACGGAAUGGUCCAAUGAUCCUUCACUUCCACCUCUCAAACAGUAUCAUGAUCAUUUCUCCAGCUUUCACUCCAUGGAUACAACCGGUCGAUAUGGCGGUCCUUCAAUGAUGAACUCAAGCAUGAGACCACAACAGUAUCAAUACAGCAACGACUGGAUGAAUCCAGUGACAGCCAAUCGCAGGUCGGGUUUGGAAACUCAGGAUUCGGGUAUGAAUUCGAUGUUUUCAUCUCAAGUGGAUCACGCUGGCUCUCCCUCUGUCUCCACCUCUGAUUUUCCAUCAUACGUCCACCAAUCUCAUAUUCAAUUCCCGUACCAAGGAAACUCGAAUCCGAAUUCCGUGACGCACAAUUCCUAUCAACCAUCUCCAAUCGAGAGCAUUCGAGCCGCUGCAAGUCAACGGCCACCACCUCCUCCUUCCGCUGAAAUGGAACGUCAACGGCGAAUUUCGAACCCUGCUUAUCCUUUCAAGAGUCCUGAUCAGAUCAAGGCUCAAAAAAAGGCAGAAAAAAACUCCCCACCUGGUAGUAGGCCCACCAGCUCAUACACCUUACCCAGUCCCCGGAUACAACAAGAUAUUUACAUGCAUUCAAGUUCAUCGGCAAGUCCUGUUCAACCUCUCGACCCUCAAAAUCCUCCUCAAUUCAUCAAUCCUAACGCUACGCAAAUCAGCCCUCCGGGAUCGAGUGCUGGUCAUAGAUCUGGAAGAGGAAGCUUUUCGGGUCUUGGGAUACAAUCUGGUAUAACACCCUCGGUGCAGCCGGGCUUGAAAAGAGCGCUAUCGAUGGAUAUGACAAUGGAUUUGGCUCCUUUCCCCGCGAACUCAAUGCCGCUGGGCAGUUAUGUCCCGAGACGGUCAACGUAUGAUCCUCUGAACAACGCCAAUCCAUUCACCCAACCGAAACCUCACACUCCGGAACCGCCCGUGGCUCGACCCUCCCGGAAAUUAUCAGAGGCCCUGGAGAAGCGACCAAUCGGUUCAAAUGGAUUACUUCUGAAUGAUCGUCUGAUCCCAGAGGCUUUGACUGAGUGGCAACGGAACGGCGGUUUCUGGGGCCGUGUCGCCGGGUAUUAUAUACAGAAACACGAGGGUGCGGCAACGUUGUAUCGGUCUCCGUUCACUUCGAGAUCACAACAAGGGAGUGAUGGGACUUUGGCGGAAAGAUAUUACGAGAAUUUAGGACCAGAACAACAAGUCAGGAUUGACGAGGCUCGGAAUGGGAAGGAUCAUGGAUGA